AUGUUCGAAUUUGAAGAACCUUACAGAAAUAAUAAUAAACAGUUGAAACUAUUCAAUGAGGAUAAAACUGCGUUACUAAAUGACAAGCCCGUGGGAUUACAUAGGACAGUGUUGGAUCUCGAAUUCCCAGAACGUGUAGGCACGAGUAAUACUGACAGAUUGUACAGGAUAGUCCAAUGUCUUGCAACUGGAAACGUGGAAUAUCUGCAAAAGAAAAUAUAUAAAAGUUUAAAAGUUAAAUUAACCUCUAGGGAAUCAUUUAGUGAUAGUGCUGCCAGUUGUACAAAUGAGGUGGUCCUGACAUUGAGUCCCCCGGGAACAAUAAGCACAGAUUUCCACUUAACGGAUCAUUACAAGUUACAUGAGAAAAGAGUAACGUUGGCGAAGACGCAGGAGAAGACAGUUGACUUCCAAGACGUGUUAAACGACGGACUUCUGGACAUGGAACUGUUCUGGCUAAACUUUGAAAUCACCGGCAAAUGCUCCAAAUACCUCGUCGUAGAAUUACUUAAACCAAACAACAUCGAUCCACUCGGUAACGACUGCGAUCCCACCAGCAUCCUAGUCCCCUAA